UCCCAAAUCUCACAUCAAACAACAUCAGAAAGGAAUCAGACAGAGUCGUACCUCACUUCCCACAAUCCGCCAUGACCGAUCCUCUGAGGUUACUCCACCUCCGGACCACUUCCCAGAUCCUUAAACGAACCACCACCCAUUUCUUUUCCAACCUCUUCACAUUCCUCCUCCUCUCCUUUCUUCUCUUCUCCUUCCGCUCCCUCGUUGAGUCCGGCUCCAUCUUCCUUACCUCCGUUAUCGACCGUGACCCUUCCAUCAAGUCCCUCCUUUCCCGCCUUGACCUCCACCCCAACCAUCCCCACGAGCGUUCACAGCCCUCUCGGCGCCAGACGCGCCGCCCCUUCCUCCACCUCACCCGGGUGGGUACCCUUGAUGAUGACCUCUUCUCCUCCGACGAUGACCACCGUGAUCGUUCCCUCUUCGGUUUCCUACCUAACCCUCCUAGCAAUGGGACCCCCAUGGUCCUCUCCAACUUCGAUCCCAAAUUGGGGUUUUCCAAUUUUGUCACCGACAACGGAAUUUUUCUUCCUGAGGUAGUUCGCUACGGGGUCAAAUUUAAAACGGCGCCUUUUGACAACAUUCAGCAGAAACUCGAUCUUGACGGAGAGCAGGAGCAGGAGCAGGAACAGGGGCAGAAUAGUGAUGGGCAAGAAUCGGACAGGAUUGUCGAUUUUCAGUUCUUUAUCAAGGGCUUGGAGCUGGGUCGACGUGAUGCGGCUGCUUUGUUCUUUCUUGUGAGCGUCAUGUCGGCUGCUUACGGGUGGGUGAUUCUAGGCUUCACUGCUAUAUAUUCGUGGGUUAUGGGCGUCAUUUUUGUUACUGUCGUGAACGAUUUGAUUGGGGGGUUUGUUUCGUUCUUUGGAGCUGUCUGGGACGGGUCUAGAUUGGGUCUCAAGAGGCUCGGUGGCUUCAUCUUGAUGCGGUGGGCGGUGAGAGAUGCAUUGACGCAACUUCUUGGAUUGUGGUAUUUCGGCGAGGUUGAGGAUCAGUACUCGUUUUUCAAACUGUUUGUGAGGUUGAAGUUGAUGCCUUUUUCUGUCAUGUCCCCUUGGAUUCGGGGUUUUGAGAGGGAAAUUUCGGGGUUCUUGCUUACAUGGUUCUUGUUGGAUACCUUGGUGGCGUUUAUCUUCUCACUUGAUGCUUGGAUUGCCAUUGUGGAUUCUAGGAGAAGUGGAAGGGAGAUUGUGAAGGAGGGCUGUUAUUUGCUGUCCACAAUGUUAAAUCCAGCGAUACAGAUCAAGUUUUAUGAAGCUAUAUUAGGAGGGUCUCUUGCAAGAGGGGUAUUGACACGAAUUGGUGGGGAUUCUUUCGCAGCUGUUUGCCAGGCAGCUUUUGAGGUAUACUUCAUUGUGGCUUGGUUGAUAUUUUACUUUGCAGCUCGGUGUACGGAUGCUAAUGCAGAGGCGAGAACGUUUGGGAGAAGAGAAUUGGAGGUCGUGAUUGAGGGCCUCAGAUGAUACUCACUAGGAUUGGGGUGACAGUUUUUAUGGCAGGUAGAAUUAUCAAUUGCGAUAAUACAGAAGAUAGCAGUAAUCUUUCAUCGCACUCCAAUCUUCCUGUUUUGCAGUCCUGGCAAUGCUAUACCGCCAUUGUUUGGUAUAAGCACCUACGAUGUGUUGUAUGUACUUUACCAUGAGGCAAUAUACUACUUGUGUAUAUUUUCACAACAUUGUUUCUUGUGAAUAUUUUGUUUCAUUAUUGUUUUCAAUGCCCUGACGUAACUUUCCCUGGCAAUAUGAAUCUAG